GGAAGGUGUUCUUUUUCUUGGCUUCUCUUAGCGGAGAACUCUUCUCAUCUUCCACCAACACAAAACCCUAGAAAAAAAACCUUUUUUGGUUUUCUCUCAAGGAGAUUCGGGGACAUUUACCCACCCCUCCCUUGAGGGAAAGGACCCAAGCCACGCAGGGGUUAACUUUUCUGAAAACACAAUUAACUUUUUCCUAUCCUGCGUGGGGUGGGGGAGGGAUAUAUUUAUUUAAUCACUGGGGGAUGGGGUGGUCUCAAUCUAAAAGCUCCCUCCUCCCUCAAAAGCACAGACGCCUCUUUCGCAGAUCAUACGUAGGUGGAACAGGACGCGCUGUGUUGUUGGGGAGAGAGCGAGAGAAAGGAGGAGAAGGAGGAAAAAAAGGUUGAUAGGUUUGUGCGCGGGUCCCUCGUGCGGGCUGCGCUCCUCCUGGGUGCUAUUUGACAAUUCCUGCCUCUGCCAUUGGUCAGUGUUGGAUCAGAUGGUUGUAUUUCCUUCUGGCCCUCACUGGCACCUCGCCAUCCCCCCUCAGCUAAAACCCAAUCUCGGAUAUACUACUAAUAGGCGCGGCGCUCGGACUAUAAAACACAACAAAUCAUAAACCCGGCGGAGCAGCAGCGGCCGCGCGCGCCUCCCCUCCCAAUGAGUUCCUAUUUCGUGAACUCCACCUUCCCCGUCACUCUGGCCAGCGGGCAGGAGUCCUUCUUGGGCCAGCUGCCGCUCUACUCGUCGGGCUAUGCGGACCCGCUGAGGCACUACCCCGCGCCCUACGGGCCAGGGCCGGGCCAGGACAAGGGCUUUGCCACUUCCUCCUACUACCCGCCGGCCGGCGGCGGCUACGGCCGAGCGGCGCCCUGCGACUACGGGCCGGCGCCCGCCUUCUACCGCGAGAAGGAGUCGGCCUGCGCGCUCUCGGGCGCCGACGAGCCGCCUCCGUUCCACCCCGAGCCGCGGAAGUCGGACUGCGCGCAGGACAAGAGCGUGUUCGGCGAGACGGAAGAGCAGAAGUGCUCCACCCCGGUCUACCCGUGGAUGCAGAGGAUGAAUUCGUGCAACAGUUCCUCCUUUGGGCCCAGCGGCCGGCGAGGCCGCCAGACCUACACGCGCUACCAGACGCUGGAGCUGGAGAAGGAGUUUCACUACAACCGCUACCUGACGAGGCGGCGACGCAUCGAGAUCGCGCACGCCCUGUGCCUGACCGAGCGGCAGAUCAAGAUCUGGUUCCAGAACCGGCGCAUGAAGUGGAAAAAGGAGAGCAAACUGCUCAGCGCGUCUCAGCUCAGUGCCGAGGAGGAGGAAGAAAAGCCAGCCGAGUGAAGGUGCUGGAAAGGGAGGGGGGACGUGAAGGGAGAGGCCCGUGGGGAGCCCAGGGCGUCGGAGAGCCCCGGGAAAGCUCUGCGGGCGGGGGAGCCGCGGGACUCGCUCUCCAGCGCGCGACAGGCGGGGCCCAGCGCUCUCCCGGCCACCCCCGCCCGCAGAGCUCCCGCGGGUGCUCGCAGGCCGCGCAGCCCGAGCCCACCCAGCACCCCGCGCCCCCCUUCCUCCCCGAGGAACCCGCCUCGCCCGAUCCGGCUCCCGGUGAGAACUGAGGAUCGGACUCAUUUGAUGUUUCCUGGAAGCAGAGCAAAAUGCUCUUGUCCGUGUCGCAUCUCAUUUCCUCCAUGUCCCCCCCCCCCUGCACGGUUCAAUGGUAGAUUCGCUGGCCCCUCGGCGGGGCCUCGAAGACUCCCUAACCCCAGACCUGUCGUCUCUCCCACCUACUCCCCAAAGCCACUGGAAGGAGCACAUACUACCUAGAAGUAAGAAGAGGAGCCUCAGAAGAAAACAAAGUUCUAUUUUAUUAAUUUUCUAUGUGUUGUGUUUGUAGUCUUGUCUUAGCUCUGGACGUGAAAUACUUCGGUAAUAUUAAUAUUAUUAAUAAUGAUGAUGAUGAUGAUGAUGAUAAUAAUAA